GUUGGUUUUACGCUUCAGACCCCAAAAAGAUUGUACACUUUGACUAAGGUCCAAAGGUGUAAGGAAGUUGGAACCAUAUUUUUUCUUUCACUAAUUUUACAUUUUAAACAACAAAGAAAAAAAAUGGUUUUUAACAAUUAUCAACUCAACUGAUUACCCGACCCGCUCCAGUAUUUGACCAAAUCAUAUUCUUUCCUUGCGGCUUGCCCCAUAUGGCAAAAACCCUAAACCCUGUCCUCUCGCGUUGUUAAUAUUUUCAAAGCUGUCAAGUUUUAUUAACAAGUUUCUAAAUUCCCUAUCUUCUUCAAAAAAAUUUUCUUGGUAAUGGCUUCAACUUGCAACAGAUUUAUCAGUAGGUCAUCAUCCUCCAUAAAAUCGGCCUUUAGAUCUAACGGUCCAAAAUCCACAUUCUCCAGAUCCGCGACCGCUCCCUCCCCCACUCGAUCACCUCUCACCUCCCAUUCCACCGCUCCUCUUCGCCGUUUCUCUUUCUCCAGGUGUCCAUCCGAGCUGGGAUGUGCGCAGUCACUGUUGCCGCUGCACAGUGUGGUGGCUGCGGCGAGGAUGACGUCAUGCCUGAGCACAACAUCGAGGAGUUGCCGGGCAUUUUCUCAGGGCAUUGCUGUUACGAGACUUGAGAUUCAUGGAAGACUUGGAAUGAUCUGUCAUGCUAUUCUUAAUGAUCAAAGUAGUAGUAGUAAUGCGGUUACUUCUGGCCAUCAGUAUCAAAUGUUUGAUUUCUGCAAAAAGAGCAUUGAGGAUGUGAAGCAGUUUCUGACUCAAUAUUGCAUCGAACGAAACCAAGCCGGAUAUAUCCUGAUCAAGGAUCCGCUCUCGAUUUUCUAUGAGGCCAUAUGCGUGGGGCUUGUCUGGGAUGAUAAUUUGUGUAAUGGCGACUUUAUCCAACCAUGCUCCUCAAAUUCAGGUAUCUCAUUGUGAACAUGUGGAUUGUUGAUGGUUUCCCAUUUUUGCAACUCCGUUUUUGUCAUAUAAUCAACAGUUUGGCGGAACUGUUUAAUUUUGGUGCAGGGGCAUUUCAGAUAGAUGAAGCAGGGAACAGUAACAACCAAGAGAGACCUGCUAAGCCCUCCUUGGCAAUACAGGUUGUAGCUACUGUCUUCAACCCUUGAUAAUACAGGCUAUAUAUCACUAGAAUUUUUCCCAUGGGCCUUACUAA